UUCUGGUUUCAGACUUGGACGUGCCUUGCUGUGUAAAACUGCCUGGGAAAUCUGAUGGGAGAAACAUCCUAGACAAAGAUUCCUGGACCUGAGUAACACCAAACAAAUAUAAAUAAAUAAGGACAAAACACUGAGUGCAAAGAGCUGCUAAUUAGGCAAUUACAGCAGCCCACACUUGGUUUAGCAGAUACUCCAAGCACCUCCAAGGAACCGGGACAAGGCCUAAUUUAAUGAAGAUCAGAAAGAGGGUCUCCUAGAUAAGAAGCAGCCCAGCUUUUGGAAGAAAGAUAAAAUCUGACUGGACCACUAGAGGAAUUCCAAGGAAGGACUGGCUAUAAAAGCAAGAUCAUUCCAGUGAGGAUAUCCUGGAAACUGAAUGUAACCCCACACAGACAUUCCCUGCCAGAGAUUUCAACGAGAAAAACCUAAUGGGUGACGAAGGCUUGAGGAAAAGAAAAGGAGAGGACAAAGGAAGAGGGGACGCACAAUCCAUUCAGAGUCAUGAACCCCAAACGACGAACCUACAAAAACAGGUGGGCCUCAUCAGCGGGAUCUGUAUGAUUGUCGGGACAAUUAUUGGGUCAGGGAUCUUUGUUUCUCCCAAAUCAGUCCUUGCCAAUGUUGAAGCUGUGGGUCCUUGUUUAACCAUCUGGGCAGCCUGUGGAGUUCUGGCAACAUUAGGUGCCCUUUGCUUUGCGGAGCUCGGAACGAUGAUCACGAAAUCUGGAGGAGAAUAUCCUUACCUCAUGGAGGCAUUUGGCCCCAUUCCAGCAUUCCUCUUUUCCUGGACGAGUUUAGUGGUCACCAAACCCAGCUCCUUUGCCAUCAUCUGUCUCAGCUUUGCAGAAUAUGCCUCAGCUCCUUUUUACCCAGGCUGUGAUCCACCCCGGGCUGUCAUCAAGUGUCUUGCAGCAGCAGCCAUUGUGGUAAUUACAACUGUGAAUUCGCUGAGUGUGAAGGUGGGAAGUUACCUCCAGAAUUUUCUCACGGCUGCUAAAAUGAUCAUUGUCACAAUCAUUAUUGUAAGUGGCAUUGUUCUCCUUGCACAAGGAAAAACUGAAAACUUCAAAGAUUCUUUCAAGGAUAGUAAAAUUUCUGUCAGCUCUAUCAGUCUGGCAUUUUACAAUGGACUCUGGGCAUAUGAUGGAUGGAAUCAACUCAAUUACAUAACAGAAGAACUUCAAAAUCCUUACAGAAAUCUCCCGCUCUCUAUAAUCAUUGGGAUCCCCUUGGUUACAGUUUGUUACGUUCUGAUCAACGUUUCCUAUUUCACCGUCAUGACUUCGACAGAACUCCUGCAGUCCCAGGCAGUUGCUGUGACAUUUGGAGACAGAGUCCUUUAUCCAGCCUCGUGGAUAGUUCCUCUCUUUGUGGCAUUUUCUACAAUUGGAUCUGCCAAUGGGACCUGUUUUACUGCAGGCAGACUUGUUUAUGUUGCAGGCCGGGAGGGGCACAUGCUGAAGGUGUUGUCUUACAUCAGUGUUAAACGUUUAACACCAGCCCCUGCCAUCAUAUUUUAUGGGGCCAUUGCUAUUAUUUAUAUCAUUCCCGGUGACAUUGAGACGCUCAUAAAUUAUUUCAGUUUCGCAGUCUGGAUAUUUUAUGGUUUAACCGUAUUUGCACUCAUUGUUAUGAGGUUUACAAGGAAGGAGCUUGAAAGGCCUAUCAGGGUGCCCAUCAUCAUUCCUGUCAUAGUGACUCUGGUCUCCAUUGUCCUGGUGUUGGCACCAAUCAUCAGUGCACCUGAACUGGCCUAUUUGUACUGUAUUUUAUUUAUACUCAGUGGACUCAUAUCUCCAGAAAAACUCCUUGUAAUUAUUUCAGGGAAACCAGGAUACACAGAUCCCAUCACUAUGCACCUCCAGAUGCUUUUGGAAGUUGUUCCAGCAGAGGAAGUUGCCACAUGAAAUAUUUUCUUCCUACCAGGUUGCUUUUAAGUGCUGUACUGGUUGAAGUAGAUUCAAUGUAGUUUGGCAGAUAUAUAUAUAUACUUGCUAAGUUGUUAUGUUCAUACUGGUGUGUUAUUUUUGCAACCCUUUAGUACUUGAAAACAUUAAAUAUAUAUAAUAAAAAAAAGAUUUCUAAGACAGAUUACAGUGUCCAGCAAAGCUGUUUUCAUUGUUUGCUCGUAUAAUGUCUUAUUUUCUGCAUGAAAAUUACUCGAAAUACACAAGAGGAACUUUUCAAUUAUGAAGCUGGCAAAACUUAGCAGCAACAGUGUCAACAUGCUUUUGAUGACACUAUGAAAAGAACAACACAGCUCUUAUUAACAGCAUCACAGAAAGCACAGAUAUCACACAGAGCAGCUCUAUCCUCAGGUUCUCAGACCAGCUGUCAUAAAGUUAAAGGCUGGGAAAGAGGGAAUCAAGUAAAAAUGAAAAGCACAGUUGACAGAGGCUGAUUUUUCAUGGGUUGGUUGGUUUGUUUGCUUUUUUAGUUAAAUUCAAACAAGAUAAAUCAACUAAAGCUUCAUUUGUCAGGGGUGUUUUCUCAAUGCCAUCCAAGCUAUGGAACAAGUAAAUGCCACAGAAUUUA